CUAUCUUUCUACCUCGCCUCCGUAAACGGGAGAGAAGAAUCCGAAAGUUCAGAGAUGAUGCAACAGGGAGAUUUCAGCUCUCCUUAUUACCAACAGUACCAUCCACAACCUCACCUUCAAAACCCUAGCCCUAGCCCAAUUGAUCCGCAGCCCAAUUCUUUGCCGGCGACCUACGCCUCUGCACCUCCUUUCUCCUACAAUUACUCUUCAUCAUCUGAUUACCCUGGCUUUUCCUCUCCUUACCCUCCUUAUUCCCAGAACUCCGAUCCUGUCUCCACCCUCCCUUCCACUGCUCCUUCCUACGCUCAAACCCCCAACUUCCAGUCCUUCAAUCCCUCCCCUCAGCCUUCUUCUCCCUAUCCUGCUUUCCCUGCGGCAUCGGUUCCGGCACCGGAGCCUCAGCCGCCUUAUCCACCUCCGCCACAGCAACCUUCGUAUUACCCAGCGUACGAUCAGCAUCAGGGUGCUCCGAAUUAUGGCCCUUCUCCACCCUCUUCGAUUCCUCCGACCCCAGCUCCCAUUCCCAAUACCAAUCCCUCGUUCUCUGUGCCUUACUCGACCUCCUCCUAUACACAACUCGGUUCUUCGAUGCCGCCCCACAUGUACGAUAAUUCUUAUGAUGGCGGCGUGAAAUUCGAGCAUGGCGUUGGUGGUGGUGGUUUUCUCGAUGACAAUUCCGCACGGUAUGGUGGUCAAGGCCUGUAUAGUGGAAGCCGUUCUGAUUUGGGGUCGGAUCUCUACGACAAGAGACCCGAAAGCGCGACUCAUUACGAUCGAGGUGGCCUACGUGAUGAUGCCGGGCUUGGAGAUGGUGUCUAUGCCUAUGAUGGAGGGAGGGUGGAGCCAUACGGUGCUCGAGGCACUGGCCCCAAGUCAUCAACUUGGUCGGCUAUUGAUGAUUAUGGGAGAUCCGUGAGCUUCCCCUCGCCUGGAAAGGACCAGGUGACUUCUGGUUCUGCUAAGAUUGUGAGAGCUGUUCCAAAGGCAGAGACGCAGCAGGACGUCAAGAACGGAGUGCUGAAAUACCGGGUUAAGCUUCUCCCCGAAGGCUCGAGUCAGGGGACCAUGGAUGUUCUUUGCCAGAUUGGUUUGGAUGGGAUUCGUAUGCUUGAUCCCAAUACUAGUCGGACAUUGAGAAUAUACCCACUUGAGACUGUGACAAGCUGGGAAGGCAACUCGUCAAUCUUUACUUUUUGGUCCAAAAGCUCUGUUGACAUUGAACCAAGACGCAUAAGGCUGCAGUCAAACAACUACACUACCAACACCAUUCUUGACACAGUGACAGCUGCAACUGUUCAGCUGAAGGAGAUGAGUGGAAGAUUUAAAACUUCUGAUUCUGUAAAGACGUCUGAACAAUCUACUGACAGGAAGAAAGGUCUUGCUGAUUGGAUGAACUUGAUAAAGCCUGGUAAUGAGGAGAAAGAUCAUUGGGUCCCAGAUGAUGCAGUUGCCAAAUGUACAGCUUGUGGAACAGAUUUUGGAGCUUUUGUGAGGAAGCAUCACUGCCGAAACUGUGGGGAUAUUUUCUGUGAUAAGUGCACCAGUGGUAGAAUUGCUCUCACUGCGGAAGAGAAUGCUCAGCCUGUUAGAGUUUGUGAUCACUGCAUGGCAGAAGUUACUGAAAGGCUGAGUAGUGCAAAAGAAUCAGCCAGCAAGCCUGCUGUACUGGAGAGUCACGAGGAUCUUGCAAAGAAGCUUCAGGAGGAAAUGGAACGAAACCGCAAGACAUCAUCAGGUUCAAAGUCUGACGGAUCUGGGAGGCGGAUGAGGGAAGUUGCUUGUCCUACUUGUACGGUGCAUCUACAGGUCCAAGUUCCAAGCUCCGGUUCUGAGACCAUCGAAUGUGGGGUUUGCCAGCACCCAUUUCUUGUUAAUGCUCACUGAGCUGCCUCAGACACACACUAUUAUAAAGUCCCAGCAGCAGCAUUAAAAUUGACACAAGCGAUAAUCUUCUUGAUUUUAACUUUCCAUUCUAAUUUGUUUGGACUCUUGUUGCGUCUCAUAUUUAUAAGCCAAGCCACUAAUUUGUGGAGUAUGUAUAUAUUAUCUCCAGUUAUAUAUAUAUCUCUGUUGAGCAUUUUAGAUCCGUUGAUGUAUGUAUUAUGCGAAUUUCAUGUAGUAAA